GGCUCGGUUGCCCUGGUUUCUGCCACCCUUGGCUUUCUGACCAAGAGACUGAAGCUCUUCAAGGUGGAAGUCUGUUCACGAUUGUCAUUAGACUCAGUGAUUACGUGACUCUGCGUUUCUUCUGGACGGUAAGAGAUGAGCGCAGCGGGCUGGAGAUUGGAGAGAGUAGUAGCAUGUUCAUCAACGUAACAGCGGGUUCAGAGUGAGGCGUGAAGCUCUGAAUGAACCACGUAUCCCCCCACUUGUUUGCUCCCUUCUCUCGCCCACACUUGUGCUUGGCAUUAUCUCCAUUCAAAACCCAAUACCUGGCGCUCAAUAGUGCGAGUUCAGUGGCGCCACGCUAGCGCGUAUCGAUCUGUGCAGUGGGUCCGCGAUUCAGCUGAAAAGCCGAACAGGAAGGGAUUCACAUCUUAGGGUUUCUUGGCUAGCCUGAUGGUGCUAGUAUGCAAUGCUCGCGUGCAGUACAAAUACGGGGCAGUGCGCGAAUUUGCAUCAAGCAUCUCAGGCUGCAUGUAGAAAGCUCCACGUCGAGAUGUUGCACCAUGCUGUCCGAUCGCUCGUGGUCGCCCUGGCCUUGGGCGCCUCCCGUUUCGCGUUGGCGCAGGAGUCCACCCACUCACUUGUGAGCCGUCGUCUCACCGAGUAUCUGCUGCCUGUCGCCUCCGAGACGCACGAGUUCGCCCGCGUGCCCGACACCAAUUUUGUGCUGCUGUCACAGAUGUCGGACAGCGCCUUGAUCAAGAUCGAGCUGGAUCCCGCCACGGAGGAGCCCAUUGCGUGGAAGUCGUUCCCCAUGGGGAAAAACAGCGAUUCCGAGCUGCAUGGCGUGUGGCCGUCGACGCUCCACCCGGGCAAGAUGUGGCUGACGCUGCAGGGGGAGAAUAAGCUGCUGCUCGUGGACCCCGGCCAGGAGCUCUCGACUGCGCCCACCAUCCUCCAGACCAUCGAUAUCCCUGCGCCUGGCAACGGCCCGCAUUGCGUCUUCGAGAUCGGCAACCGCGUCUGGGCGGGCCUCAAAGUCGCCUCGGAGCAAACGGGUCAGUACUACGUCUUCUCCGCCGACGUCGCCAACGCCACCGACCAGACGCUCUACCCCUGCCUCAAGAGCCCCGUGUUCAUCAAGGAGGAGCCGACCACCGGGCUGAUUUAUGUCACCCAGGACACCGACUCGUCCAUCAUGCGUAUCAACGUCACCAGCGGCGAGACCACGCAGCUGCCCAUUCCUCCCAGCGUCGGCAACAACGCCGUUGGCAUGAUCACCGGCUACGGACCCAUGAGUGGAGUGUGGUUUACCCUGGCGGGCAAUGCCACGGGGGGCACCGGCACUUUCGGUCAUAUCGGGUCCACGGGGGAGAUGGAGUUCUUCCAGCUGCAGCACCCGAUGCUGGGCACCAAUGCCGGGCUUUUGCAUCUCGCCGACGCGUCGACUGUGGCCGGGGGACCUGCCCUGUGGCUGCUGUCCACCUCGCUGCUGAGCACCAACUCGCCCGAUGCGCUGAUCCGCGUGACCUUUGACGCCGAUAUGAGCGCGGUGUCCGGCGAGGAGUACAUUUCGAUGCUCACGCAGACCGCGAUGGUGCACCGCGUGCUGCCUCUGGAUCAAACCGUGUUGGUGUCGGAGAUGCAUACCUUUACGCUCGCACAGCUCACCUACACCAAUACUAUUGCCGGACAGUGGCUGCCGGCCGAGUCGAUCAGCAACACUACGGUGUAUGCUCAGGCUGGUUAACGAGGUGCAGUGGGAAGGAUAUGUAAUCUAUCUUUGCACAUAGUGUACAUAGUGAACAUAGAUAAUGGUAAUAU